AUGGCAGGUUCCCAACAGUACAAGAACAUCGAGAUUCACUACGUCCUUAAAGCCAUUCAGAUGCGAAUGCCGUCGGAAUGGAUUCGCAUGAGGUUUGAGCAGCGGUUUAGGCGCAAGCUGACGGAGAAUCAACUUCGCUACUUGAAGAACAAGUACGGCAAAGAUCCCCGUUUUGGCACACCCGCUGCCAACAGCAUCUCUACCUUUGGCACACCAAAUCCGAGGGUUGGGCCAGGUUAUUGGCCUAAGGACGACAUCCUGGCUAUAGAUUAUCGCGCUUUUGAAGAGCGUCGUGAGGAUGUGGCCGAACCGACCCUUCGAAUCACGGCUCCUAUCACCACUCAUGUAAUUGUGCCGCCAACUCCAGCUGCUGCUCCUCCUCAUCCUCCUGCACCCGUGUCCUCUGGACCAGAAAGCCUGGAGCUUUUCGGGGUUCCGAAUGCGAAUAUCAUCCCCAAGACCGACCAGAGGCGCCCCCCUGAGACAAACGACCAGGUUAUAGGUGACGGCUCGAGUGAAAGCCCUCUUCUAAACCUUGACAAUGCCUCCAGUGCUGAUGCCCUUGUCAGCUACGAGAGCAAUGCUCGUGGCCAGGCACAUUCUACCGGCUUUGGGGCCACUAGCCCUGUCUAUGACCAAAGCCGCGUGCCAUCUGUCAAUGCUGCGGUCCUUCCUCCUCCCCCUCCAGCCGCCACCCCAUACCAUCCUACUUUCCGUGUGAGCGGUCCAAUGCAUACCCAAAGCUUCGGACAGGAAGCUUGGAUGCCCGGGAAUCCUUUCACACAUGCUCAGUUGCCCAUGAGCAAGGAUGUUUCCAGUAAUGGGUGCAAUGCCGUUCCGGCUCCUCAGCUGAAUGGAAACGCCGGCUUGUCCAAUUCGUUUGAGCAUAGUUUUUCUAACAACAUGACCUCGGCUCCAUUUCAUCAGCCAAGUCAGAGUUUUACCUCUAAUGCUGGUUUCGGACAGAAUACUUUUGGUCGUGUUGCCCCUGGGUUUGAUUACAUGCAAGGCGCAAGCAAUGUUGGCUAUGGCUUCGACAAGAGUCACACCAUGCAAACCCCAUGGAAUACGCAUGAUGAUGUUGCCAACCUGCCAAUAGGGCCCCUAAACUCAGCGUCCUACACAGGGCUCAGCGACACUCAACAUAUAGGCUCACAAGCGUAUACACCCCAUGAAAACCUCGAGAAUCUGCUGGUGUUCGACACUGUUUUCAACACGGGGCAGACUUGCUCUUCACUCAGCCCUACCAACCACCAGACCUCCCAGGAUAUCCAGUUUAGUGGACCGAACCCUCAUGCCAACCUGCUGUCAAGUGUUAGGGGGCCAGCGGCCUUGCCCGAUGCUUUUGACUUUGAGCUCAAUCAUUUGACGGGAGAAGAAUUUGCAGACCGUAUGUACGCCUUGUUUAAUGAGCACAACGCCGUGCAUGAUACUGGGCCAAAUACCUUUAACAUGUCUCUUGGCGUCUCGUCUCCAGCCAGCAUGAGCGACACCAGCACCGUUCUGAGAUCGAUUUCGACUCCAAUGUCCAGUCCCCCAGCAGAAUUACUAGACGGGACCGAUACCCCUGGUCAUGGCCGUCCGACAACCACCCAGUCCACCUCGACUUGA